AGGCAGGAGAGGAGGGAGGUUGUGGCUGCUCCUCCUCCCUUUCCUGGCGAAAGAGGAGGGCGCGGUUUGCGGGAACCCAAAAGAGGCAUCUUCCAGGGGCAUGCAGGACCCGCUGGGCUGAUUCAGAGCACCGACAUCCGCGUUGGAGGACAGAGAGAGAAAACCAUCAUGGAUCAGUUGGCUAAUGCGAAUACUCAUUUUGCCCUUGAUCUCUUCCAAAAGUUGAUUGAAGCCAACCCAACAGGCAAUAUCUUCUUUUCUCCACUCUGCAUGACCUCUGCACUCGCUAUGGUCUUUUUAGGGGCCAAAGGUGACACAGCAACACAACUCUCAAAGACAUGUCACUUGGAUGCUGUUGAAGAUCUUCAUGUAAGGCUCCAUGCACUCAGUACUAACAUAAACCGGAGUGAUGCGCCUUAUGUACUAAAGCUUGCUAAUAGAUUAUAUGGAGAAAAAACCUAUUGCUUCCUGAAGGAUUACUUGACCAGUACUCAGAAGCUAUAUGGUACAGAACUAUCCAUGGUAGACUUCCUAAAUGCUGCAAAAAGUGUACGGACACAAAUUAACCAGUGGGUUGAGGGACAAACUGAAGGUAAAAUCACUGAGCUGUUAUCUGAAGACUCUGUUAAUCAACUGACCAAACUGGUUCUAGUGAAUGCAAUUUACUUUAAAGGUACCUGGGAAGAGAAGUUUGAAGAUAAACACACCAAAGAUAUGCCUUUUAGGCUUAGUAAGAAGGAAAAGAAGAAUGUGAAGAUGAUGUUCAUGAACAAGAAACUACCAUUUAGUUAUAUUGAUGAAUGCAAAUGUCGAGUUCUGGAACUACCUUAUCGGGGAAAAGAGCUUAGCAUGAUCCUCCUGCUUCCUGAUGAUAUUGAAGAUGAUUCCACUGGCCUGGAGCAGCUGGAGAAGCAGCUCACCUUAGGCAAGCUCCAAAAGUGGACAUCCCCCCAAAAUAUGCAUUCCUACAAUGAAGUCUACGUUCAUCUGCCAAAAUUUAAGCUGGAAGAAAGCUAUGAUCUUCAGUUUUAUUUGGAAGCACUGGGAUUGCGGGAUAUUUUUGACAGUGGCAAGGCGGAUUUAUCUGGAAUGUCGGCAGCCCAUGACCUCCAUGUGUCCAAAAUAGUUCACAAGUCCUUUGUGGAAGUGAAUGAAGAGGGGACGGAAGCGGCAGCGGCAGCAGCAGCUGUGGCAGUGAAUAGCAUGCCAAAGAAAUUCAAUGCUGACCACCCCUUCCUCUUCUUUAUACGUCAUAACCCAACAAAUACUAUUCUUUUCUUUGGGAGAUUUGCUUCUCCAUGAAAAGUAAAACAACAUAAUAUAUGUUGAUUUAUCAAGAUAAAUUGCCUCUCUUAUGUCAAUCUUCCUUUACCUCUCAAGCAUCUGCUCGAAGGCACAAAGAUAAUAAUGCAGCAGACUCCUUGAAUUCUGCUUCAAGGCUGAAGCGGCACUUAACUUUAUUCCAAUAUACACUAUUUACACUAUAACUGAUGUGUAUUCACAUCUGCACACACCACAAGAAGCACAUUCCAAUGUUAUCAGUUCUUCAGCAUUCUACAGGAAUUGUCUUAAGUUAUGCUCUGGCAAUACAUCACAGCUCUAUGCAUUAACUCUUGCAUUACUACUUCACACUGUUUAAACUAUAAGCAACAUUUCACUCUAUAUAAAAAAACCCAUAUACUAACAAUAUAACAGCCAAUGUCCUAGUCCACUGGGCUGCUUGCAUCAAAAUUAGUGUCAUUUCUCUCCUGUUUUGUUAAAGGGAACAUACGGUCAGAAUUAUUUCCAAUGCUGAAAGUUUUUCACAAACAACCAUCAAUCCCUCUGCUGCAUUAACGUAAUUUUGAGUCAUUGAUCAUUUAUGCAACAUUAUCUUCUUCUUUGUAAACCAUUUGGGUGCUUCCUACUUUAAUAAAGAUGGUUCCUUGAAAGAG